GUACCUAGUAGCAGCAGACAAUGUGGACCCGGGGUUGUUUAUUGAUCCCUUCCAAGCUUGAAGGUGCGGGGUGUAAAGGGUGCAGUAAUACUUGAAGUUCAAGAAGAAAUGAAACUCCAUCUACCUACGGCAAGGCAAUGAGGACAACUUGAAGAAUGGGAAACGGGGCCUCGGCCACACCACAGUCUCCGUCUCCGAGUCGAGCCUCAGUUAACCAAUCCACGCACGGGGCUGUGACCCCUACUCCCCGCCGCCAAGGCAACAACUUUCAGGAAGUACAGGUUCAGAACAGCAGCAACCAUUCAAGACAUGAUCUCCGCUCAGAAGCUCAGCGGAAAGCUGACCCUGCCACUCGACAGCAAGCAGCCGUGGAGCAUCACCGCAGAAUGGCUGCUUAUCAUGAUCAGCAGCAGCGACAUGACACUGGGCGACAGGGCCAUGGAAGUGACUCACUAGUGCACGGGGCCUCUAGACACAGUGGCCGGUCACACAGAGAUGCCAGUAAUGGAGGACAACGACAACCUCAGGCUAACAACACCUCAGGGUUGCAGCCUGACCAAGUAGUAUUUGAAACCUUCACAAACAGAGAAGGAAAAGAAUUCAUCUGUGCCUACAGGAAUGGUAAACGAUACUACCUGGACAGCUGGCAUUCUCAGGAGUGGCAGGCAUUUCCAGAACGCUGGUAUAAGGAAGGGACACUGCGCCCACUGGAUGAAGAUCAGAUCCAGGAGAAUUAUGUUCAGAAUUCAACCUACCAACAAGGGGGCAACGGUUCUCGCUCAUCUCAUCGUCGGGACGACCGUGAAGGAAUUCUUAGGCAUCCAAAGAGGGGACGAGUAGACACCUACCUUAUGGAGGAACGUCGCUAUGUCCAUUUUUUCUUUGAUAAGUUUUCUGGCAACUGGAUGCGGCUACCUAUUGGCUGGGAGCUUCAUCACCCUCUUAUUCAGAACAUGGUGCAGCAUGUGGAGAGAGCUUUACCAGACUGCAGAGAUCCUGCUGAUAUUCUUGCCAUGCUGCGCGUGUGCAACUACAAUCCAGAUGAAUGUAUUGGAACUUAUCUCUGUCUUCAGGGAGAUGAGUGGUUGGUUCCACCAAAGUCUUCUAACGAAGCAAAGGCCAUGAACGAAAGUGAGAACCAGCUAGAAGCUUUGAAGCAAAGAGUGAAGAGUCUGGAGAUGAUGUUACAGGACGAAAAGAAACAAAAAAUAGCAGUUGAAAAACAGUUAGCAGAUCUGCAGGAAAAUUAUAGCAAGCUAGUGGCAGGUGCAAAGAUUGCCCAAACUCAGAUGGAGGCCAUGCAGACAUCUCGUCCCAAGUCAGCUCGGCCGAAGACACCACAGGUGAGCAAGAAACAGAAGUUUGAAGAAAUAUUGGAUCCUAAGCAAGUGGAGAAACUGACUUCAUCUGUCAAGAAACUCCAUGAGACCCACGCACUGCUGCGCAUCAAUGUGACCUCACAAGUGGACACUCUCAGACAGCUCCUUGAAGAGACCAAACGCAGUAUGGAAGACAUCAAGACAUGUGAUGUUGGGUCUGCUCAAGAACUUGAAGAAAUACGGGCUCUUUAUCAGAGAGAGGCUCUGCAGCGCCGCCUGCUUUACAAUCAGCUGCAAGAACUGCGUGGCAACAUUCGAGUUUUCUGCCGGCCAAGGAAAGACGAUAGGUGUAAAAGCUGUUUGAAAUUCCCAUCUGAGCAGGACAUUAUGGUAACCAAUGACAAUGCCAAAAAGAUAUUCAGCUUUGACAAAGUGUUUACAUCUGAGGCAACUCAAGAAGAGAUAUUUAAGGACACAAAUCCCAUCAUCACGUCAUGUGUGGAUGGGUAUAAUGUUUGUCUCAUGGCAUAUGGACAAACAGGUUCUGGCAAGACUUUCACUAUGAUGGGGCCUGAAAGUAACCCUGGUAUCAACAUCAGGGCUGUAACAGAGUUGCUGAAAGUAUGCAGUGAGCGCUCUGAAACCAAAACUUACACAUUAAAGGUGUCAAUGGUGGAGAUCUAUAAUGAGACAGUACAGGACCUUCUGACAUCUGAAUGUAAAGUUCUGGAACUGCAUGCCGUUGGCAACCAGAUUCGGAUUCCAGACAUCACAGAGAUGGUGGUGGAGUCAGUGAAGGAUGUCAAGGCCAUUAUGGAAAUGGGAGACAAAAAUCGCUCAGUGGCAGAAACAAAGAUGAACUCCACUAGUUCACGAUCACACCUGUUACUGAGAAUUUCAGUGUCUGGGGUUGACAAAGUAAGUGGUGCUAUCUCAAGUGGAGUGUUAACGCUGUGUGACUUGGCAGGCUCAGAGCGUAUUAGCAAGACAGAAGCAAGUGGACAACGCCUUGUUGAAGCUGCUGCUAUUAAUAAGUCCCUCUCAGCUCUUGGGCAGGUGUUCACAGCAUUAAGAGGCAGCCAGCUUCAUGUUCCCUACCGAAACUCAAAACUGACACAGAUACUUCGGCCUUGUCUGGGAGGUGAUGCAAAGGCCUGCUUGUUUGUGAAUAUAAGCCCUGAUGCCAAGAAUUUUGCAGAAACAUGCAACACUCUCGAGUUUGGUAGCAAUGCUCGCCAGGUGGCACUGGGUCAGGCCAAGCAAAACAUUCGAAAAGCACCUGAUGGGCCUGACAUCAUCAACACUAUAAGCUGCAGGACUUAUAAGAAAAGAAUGUCAUAUUCAUUACUUGUCUCUUAUUUGUAUUUAUUUCAUCAUAAGUCUGUGGUCUUUUGUAAAUCAUCUGUUCAGUUCACUGUUUUUUAUUAGUUCAUUAUCUUGCUAAUGUCUUUCUCAGUUUUUUGUUGUUGAAUUCCUUCAUGCCAUAAAUGAAUGUCCACUGAAUGUCUGUUGCCUAGCAACAAUGAUGUCAUAAUGUGCAACCCUAACAUUGAUGGACACAGGUUGAUAGGGAAAGUGUACCUCAUUUGCAUCAGUAUUGUCAUACGGUUUGCUAUGCUAGACACCAGGCAGCUUCUGGGUAGGCUGCAUAAACCAUAUCUGUGAUAUACUGCUCAGGCAGAACAUUGAAAAUGUAUUUAGACUUUUUUUCAUUUCUUAUUUAUUCAAAGAUAUAUAUAUAUACACAUAAAAAUAAAGUUCUCUGUGUGUCUCUUUUUCUGAAGAGUAAUAUUUACCUCCAGCACAUUCAAGUUUUUGCUUUAGUGGUAGCAUUCUAACCAUGUUCAACUGCUGACUAGCACAAAAGAUUAUUUCUCUUUUAUUAUUUUGUAUUUCUAUUGUUCAAUUUCAACAGUUUUGAAGCUAUACAGCUAUGGAACUGUUAAAAGUACUUUGGAAUAUAAAACAUUGUAAACAGCACAGUGUUGAUGGCCUAAUUCUUGACAUACAGCAUCUUAAAUUUUGCCACAUCUGUAAACAUUGAAACCUUAAUUUAUAUUUACUCAAUCAGCAUUAACUUGUUAGAUUGGUUGGUUUAUUUGUGACAUACAAGUGUCCUGAGAUGAGAUCUGAACCCUGAGCCGCUCACUGAAGUGAUGACAAGCAAGUGUUUUAACCACUACACAUGUUGAAACUCUUGUCCCUCAUGUGAUAUACUAUCAGCAGACGUUUCAAAGGUGCCCUUGAGACACAUUUGCCCAAGAAACAUCUGGAGUUCUAGGCCAUGUUUCAGUCAGGCUUUUAUUCCACAUCAUCUAUUAUAACUUUCACUUUGUUCAUUUGUUGUACAACUUCUACUGUUGAUAUAAUUGAUUCGUAUUCAAAGGCCUAAUGCUGUGGGAGAGAUAUGUACAAGUGUACUAGUAUUAUUAUUUCACAUACCCUGCCAAACAAAGCUAAAUAAACUUUAGGGUAAUAAUAUUCUAGUCUGAUACAUGCAUAAUUAUUACUCCUUUGACACAAAAGCUUCUGUGAAGCUAGUUAUUUCUUCCUGUGAUGACAGGAUUUUAGUUUAAUAUUUUACUGCAAUGAUCACUCUCAAACCAUUGUUUUCCUGUUUUAAAAAUAUUUAAACUAGAAAAGGUAGAUAUUAGGCAUUUUCUUUCAAAUAAAUCAUUCAUAAUCCAAGAUUAUAUAAACUUUCAAGAGAACUUUAUGAAAUAAGUGUUCCACUUAUAAUUCUAUUGUGAAUUUACCAGUAACACAUGUUGAUAAGCAUCACGAAAGGCAGAAAAGUCAUGUUUUUCUCCCUUCAUCUGUGCAUACAUCCUUGCAAGCAAAUGCAUGUGUGUUGCUCUCUGAUGAGUACAGUAAGCUUGAGGUGAAACUAAUUUAUAUUAUAGAAUUCACAUUAUAGAAACAUUUUUUCCUGCUCACUAUUCCUCAGCAGAUAUCAACAGAUAUUUUUGGUAAAACAUCAUUAAUUAGAGCAAAAUUCAACACAGCUUUCAUCAAUUUCAUUUUAGCCUGAAAUGUGCUUAUUCUUAUACAGAUUCUUAGAGAAUUGUACACCUUAUGCAAACAGUUCAGUGUUAUAAAAUUUUGGUGAGAAAGUAAUUACAGAUUUUCUUAUCAAAAUGGAAUUACAUUAUUCCAAGACUAAUUACAUUUCUGUAAUUGUGAUAAUUUGUUACAUUCAACAGAAACACUUGUCAUUCAACUUUCUUUUUUAUGUUUAUGCAUAUUAUGGCAUAUAAUGCUAUGAAGAAGAUAGUAAAAGUUCUUUGUGUUUAAGUGUUUACAGCACCGUGCAUAUUAUUUAUGACAAUAUUCAUGAUGGUGAUGUAGAUGUUUCCUCACAGUCUUAUGUUUACAGCUAUAACAAUGGCAAAAAAAAAAAAAAAAACUAAAAUAAAAUGGCAGCCUUAGAAUGCUAAACACCAAGAAACAUAGAGUCUUCUAACUGCAGUAGUUGUGAAUUUUUCUUUGUGAUUGAUAUUUACAAUUAUUUGGAAAUCUACUUCUGAAGUAAUUAAUGCCUUGUUGGUCUUGAUGGAAGAGAAUACUAGAAGAUAAAAAAAAAAAAAUUAAAGUGGAAACUAGAGACCUUUCAAAAUAAAGGUAUAAAAAGAUAUUCUUGAUAUUCUGGUCAAGCAAAUUACUAAUGAAGAAUUUCUCAUACAAACCAAGAGAACUAAAUGACCAUUAUACUUCAGAUAAACAGUUCCUAUGUGCAGAGAAAGAACAGCUUGCCCAAGACAAGAUCUGAGCCCAGAACAGCUGAUUAAAAGUUCUUACUGUUGCACUAGCAUUCACAAAUAAGAAUUCAUAAAGAGGAUUAAUAAUACCUCUGAAUUCCAUUGUGUAUCUUAAUGAUCUGGUUGAUCAUUUUUUUGCUAUCAUAGCCAUCUUGAAGAAUACUUUUAAGUUUAAAACUUAUUUUCAUGUAGUACCAAAGAGAAAAUGGAAAGUUGUAGAUGCAGGAACAGAUAGGUGUAUAUAUCUGUCAAAUUUGUUUUUAACUGCUGCACAAAAUAUUUAUCAAGAUGAGUUUAUGUAUUUGCAAAAAAUACUCCUGUUUAAUGAAUUUUAAAGGUUUUAUAAAUAUGUUUAUUUUUCUUUAUCGUAGCAAGAUAAAUAUUGUUGUGUUUACCAAACAAAACUUCAAAAAUGAGGUUGCUGUGAUUGUUAAUAGUCAUUCUUGCAUAAUUUUGGUGCACUGUUUUCUGUGAUAAUUACAUUUAUGUACAUGGAAUAAAACUAUUUCAGCGGGUUAUCAUUUGACAACUUAUUACCAUUUCUGUUGUCUUCCUUUUUUUUUUUGUUCCAUGAUGUUUUCACAAAUUUAUCAAAUGCAAAGUCAGCUGUAGUUCUGCACAUCACACUUAACUGCCAUUUUAUACUUGGGACUACAUUUAAGCAAUGCAAAAAAAAAAAAA